UGAAGUGUAACUGAAAAACCCAUAUUGUGCUCCAGGAUUUAACUUUACAUUUAAAACAACAGAUAUAAUACAAAAACUAUUUAUGAUCAGUAGUGUAAGGCAGAGUGUGAGUGCUUCACGUUUAAAAACAUAAAAGUUUAUUUUCCAUAAACUGCUUGUUUGUGUGACUCUUUUUGGCCGAUUCAGCACAUGCAUGGAAUGAAAGCAUUUCUGUUCAAAUUGUACAUGGUCCCUUUAAAAAUAAUCUGUAAAAAUAACAAUAAUGUGGCACUACAUGGAUAUAUCGCACCUGUCAUUCAUUUUUGUUGUAAAAAGAUGGAACUCAAACAUCAUCACAGCAGAGAUAUUCAGAUCAUAUUAAAACACAAAUCUUUCACAUAUAUCUGAGUCGCACUUAUGUUUUGAUCAUCAACAAUAUUUUCAUGAAAUUUGAACUAUGAGGUGGUUCAUCUGAUAGUACUCCUCCCAGAACAGACUGUGUGUGUGUGUGUGUGUGUGUGUCGGAGAAAUUAAUUUCACACAUUUUUAUCAGCAGCGCAAACAUUAGUUUUCUCUGUAAUGGAGCUCAGUUGCGAUGCUGAAGGCGGUCAGCAGACUUCAGCUGAACCCGUGACGGUCAUGAGAACUCCUCAAGAGCUCUGAAUCACACACACACACACACACACACACACACACACACACACCAGAAUCACCGCAGACGCUCCUCACAUCACACUGAUCAGGUGUUUUGUUCAUCAUGUCUUACGGUGGAUCAGGUUCAGGUUCUCGAGGUGAAUUCAGUGUUCACUUCUCCAGCAGACGUGGAGAAGGACUCAUCAGAGCCGAAGAGGCCGCAGGAAUCGCUCUGCUGGCCGUGAUCCUCACAGCUCUGCUCAUCCUGGGCUGCUGGUAUUACCGCCGGAGGGGGGGGUACAAGAUGAUCCGGAGCGGGCAGAACAGCGGUCAGUCGUGGAGGGAGAUGAUGAGAGCGGGUCAGUACAGCGAGUCCGGAUCCGGAGAGGAGAACAAAGUAGCCUUGAACGAAUUCAGCAGCCUGCAACCAGCGAUUCCUAACGCUCCUCCGGCCUACGAGAAGAUCGCCUCCAGACCUUCACCUCCUCCUUACACACCAUGAGUCACAAACCAAAGGAAACCCUGUGUGUAAUGUUUGUCACACAGUAGAAGUGAUGGUCAGAAGUGUCCAGCGUCGGUCCUGCAGCGUUCAGCUCCAUCCUCGCCUGUGGCUCUCUAUUAAUCCUUGGAUCUUGACGAGCUUCUUCAGGUGUGUUUGAUUAGGGCUGAGCUGGACUCCGAGGGACCGACGCUGGACACUAUAUACAGGAAUCCCGUUAAAGCAUGUGGACACUGCAGUGCCUUUUCAACACAAUGCCAGGAUGAUAAGGUUUAAUAUAUAAAACAUUUUAGUUCAAAAUAUUUAAAUAGUAAACAUAACCGAACAUGAGACGUUCUCAGACACGGAUAUAGUUUUAAUGUUGUUAGAUAGGAAGCAUCAGUAGUAUAGAUGGAGAUUUAUCAUAUGCAUAUAUUUCUGUACACAUUUACAGUACUGUCUUCUAAUGUCUUGUUACAGGAGAUUUACUUUUAAUAAUUUAUCUUUAUCAAACAUAUGUCUAUAUUUCGCUUCCAAAUGCACUACUGUAAAAGUGAACUGUAAUGAAACUUAUAUUAACAUAUGCCUUGAGAUCCAGAUACCUGUGCUGGGAAAUCUCUUAAAUAAAGUAAACUACAUUUAUAUGAAGAUAUGCUGAGCUGCACACACAGCGAACGGCAUCGCUACACUGUCAGGAACUGUUUUAUGCAAACUGUUCAAUGCAAGCAAAUAAAAUAUUAAUGCAAAGUACAAAAUACUGCUUUUG